AUGAUUCAGAAGAGAAGCCUUCGCCAGCCGGUUCUCUCCUGUCCCUGGGCGCAUUUGCGUAACUGCGCUGCAGGUGGAGGAACCCAGGCUCCGGGAGCCUCGGGGGCGGGGCUCCCAGGGGGCGGAGCUCUCGGGGGCGGGGCUUCCCGGCCAUCCGCCCCGCCCCCGCCAGGGCCCCGCCCACCCCCGGCUGCGCGCAAAGCCCGGAGCCCGGAGCACGCUGAGCCGCCCGCACCCCCGUCCCGCGCCCGCGACCCGGUCCAGAGCGGUCAGAACCGGCGCCCCAGGACCGCAGCAGGCGACCGCGGCCCGGCCCUGUGGAGGGCACUGCCCACGGGGCGCGGGACGGAGCGGCGGCCCGGGCGGGCGGGCGACAUGCAGCGGGACGGCGGCCAGGCUGCGGAACCCACAGACUUCCUCUUCCUGCCUCCCAGUGGGCUGUGUGCACCGCCCCCUGGGAGCUCCGUGCUCCGGAUCCACUGCCCAGACCUGGCAUCUCUGCCUGUGCAGCAUGUCGUGCUGGCUGACCAGGGUCACCCGAAGGAGCAGGACACAGAGGAGCCAAAGAAAAGGAAGGGGGGCUGGCCCAAAGGCAAAAAAAGGAAACCCCCGAGGGACCUGUCUGUGCCCCGUGCACCUACAACAGGGUAUGUGAUAUUCCUGAACGAACAGAGAAGCCAGCUGCGGGCCAAACACCCCGACGUGCCUUUCACAGAAAUAACGAAGAUGUUGGCUGCUCAGUGGGCACAGCUGUCUCAGGAGAAAAAGCAAAGGUACGUUUAUGAAGCUGAUGAGGACAAACAACGUUACAUUCGAGAGCUGCAGGCCUACCAGAGCUCCGAGGCCUAUCGUGCCUUCCUGAGGAGGCGGGCGGCCCACAGGGCACUGUGUGGACCAGGGACCCCAGGAAGUGAAAUUGAGAGCGAGAGCCUUGACCUCUCAGUAAUUGAUGCGGACGAGAACAGUGACCUGUACUGCCGCACCUGCAGCCAGUUCUUCAGCUCACUGCACAACAAGAGGGAGCACCUGCUGGGCAGGCAGCACCUGCACAACCUCACAGGGGAAUUUGAGAAAGACUCAGCUGAGUACUCGAGGUUCAUGGAGCUCCCAGAGGAGGAAGGGCAGCAUGUGAAUAAAGUGGAGUCCGAGGAGGAGGCUGAGCCCAACGCACGGCUAGGAGGAGGGCUGGUUCGGGAGGAGAGUUUUGCAUCCCUGGACGUGUGCUUCUGGGAGGAGUUCAUCUGUAAACUGCUGAGAAUCAAGGAGUUUGAGCUCGGAGAGCUGAGGAGGUCCCUGGAAAGAGCUCAAGUGGAACAGGCAACCCUGCAGAGGCAGCUGAUGGAGUUCCAGUGGGCUGUACCUGUCACCCAUGACAGGCCUGCCCCACCUAGAAGCCCCCACACCGCAUGA